AAAGUGAAAGUAGCUGUACUGUUUAAACACGAGUGAAUAUUCAUCUGUAGGGUAAUAUACAAAACCAACCAAGUCAUCUGAAAAGAAAAGACUAUGUCAACUGUGGAUCCAUCAUUUGCGUAAUGACAAGUUGAGGUUCGAGACAAGCAAGGAUUGUUGUUGUUACAUGUAAAGCCUGUCAGUUACGAUAUCAGUAAGCAAUACUUUAUUUAUAAAAGCAACAAUGUGGUAGGGUUGUCUUUCCCUUUAACAGUAACCACGUUCUGAGGUUUAAUUUGAUAUCAUGGACGGUUGUUAAAGAGCAAAACCUGACCCAGAGGUCAUGAAUUUCACAAUUUUGGUAGAGGCUUUCCGAUUUCUGCGAUGACUUCUUGUCGCAAAUGUGUGUUCAGUUUGGUUGCUCCGCAAUGUUCUAGUACGUUUCUGAUAUAUCACUUGUACGCCCCCUGUCGUCAUAAUAAGGCACUACAGCUUACAAAUGUGAAUUUACAUUGAACAAAGGAUGAAUUGACAUGUUACAUAGAACUUUUUGAAUUCUGUAAACAUUAAUGACAAACAAGGAGGAUUAAUUUCAAAAGUUGAUGGAUGGAUUUACCAAGUUUUGCAUAUAUUCUUCUAAAAGAAAUUACACCCUGAUAGCUUAAAAUUUCGAAUACGCUUUUCUAUCUAAACAUUGAACGGAUAAUGCAUUGCAUAAUAACAUUUACACAGUCAUUCCAAUCCACUGGAUCGAUAUUUCACAAAUAUAAUGGUCAGUUUACGUUUAACAUGUCUAUAUUUACAUUAAACAAAUGGUGAAUUGUGUAGUUACUGAUAGAGUUUAAGGAAGAUGAAAAAGACUUCCUGAAUCAGAAAUGGAACCUAGGGAUGUAAAUAUACAGUUACAGGGAUAGAAUUUUGACCCCGUAGGCUCUCCAUACUUAUUGGCCUCUCGCGCUAUUAUCAUGUCAUAAGCUGUUUGUUAUACACACAUGUCGUGGUAUUGUGGUAAAAGUUGUAAAGUGCAAUAUUGUAUUUCAAUAACAAAUGCAACGGAUUUGAAAUGAGAGUGAGAAAUUAUGAAAUAUUGUGUGUGCUAUUCAACAACAAUUUCACAAGGAUAAAAACGUGAAAUAUAUAUACAUGUCCUCUCCAUAAACGAAUGACCUGCUUGCCAUGAUGGUGGUUUUUAUGCAUGUAUGAUAAAAAAAAAAAAUGGCAUCGAUGGGUCGUUCAGAGUGUGUUGGAAUGUGUUACCAAUGUUUUCACUCGCCAAUUUAUCAAGUAAUUUUCUCAAAUAUACUAAAAGCAUAUAAUGUGGUAGACAUUUUAAAAAAAUGAAGGAAAGAGGCCUCUGGCUACUUGUGCACGUGUAAUGACGUGUUUGCGCUUUGUUGAAGGAGUGUGUUUUAUGACGCGCUAAUUUGCAUUUGUCAACCAAUGUCUAUUUCCCACAGGUAAAUCUAUGACGGCCUUGAUUGCAAGAUAAGUUUCUAAUCCCGACCAAAUGGAACGUUAUAAGGAGAAAAAUGGAUUUUCCACGUGCAUAUAUGUUCUGGAUUAUUGUGGAUUUGUCGUUGAUUCGGAUUAAUGAGGAUAAAACAGCAUGACAUGUGGCCUUGUCAUGGUGGACAUGAAACUAACAUUCCGUUAUUUUAUUGCAGUCUGUAUCGUUGCAAUGUUUACUAUUUAUACCGUGUCUGUGAUACUGAAGAAGAAACAGGUUUUCCUCGGUACAAAUGAUUCUACAAAUCUGAUGUUUAAUGACAUAGACUUCACUUAUCAUUCCAACAAACACGACUUCCAGUAUCUGAUAUCUGAGGAAACGGCCUGCCGACAGGACGGCGUCAUUUUCCUGCUUGUGGUCGUGUGCGUUUCGGCAGGAAAUCUGCAACAAAGGCAGACAAUUAGAGAUACAUGGGGAUCGGUGGCAAUGAAAGACCCCGCCAUGAAACUUAUGUUUUUGUUAGGAAAUCCAAACAACGUUACCCUUCAAUCUCAGAUCAUUGAAGAAAGCGUUCAAUAUAAGGAUAUCAUUCAGGAAGACUUUAUCGACUCUUACAGAAAUCUUUCACUUAAAUCUGUUGCACUGUUGAAGUGGGUUUCUCUAUUUUGCAAUGAAGCUAAGUAUAUUCUGAAGUCUGACGAUGAUAUGUUUGUUCAUAUUCCCAAUUUGGUAGCGAUCUUGAGGAAUAGACUACCUGUGAAUGCUGUUAUAGGAUGUCGUAUUAACGGAGCCAUGCCCCUAAGAGAUAAGACCAGUAAAUGGUAUGCCUCUGUUCAAGAAUACUCCAAGAAAUUUUACCCGUCUUACUGUAGUGGAACUGCCUACGUGAUCUCGCGAGACUCCAUAGAACCCCUGUUCAAUGUCUCACAAAGUGUAGCGUUAUUUUGGCUGGAGGACAUAUAUAUCACUGGAAUAUGUAGAACUAUAGCACAUGUCGAUAUCAUAAAUUCAAACGCAUUUACAUAUGUUAAACGUGACCCAACAGCUUGUUCGUUUACAAAGGCAGUGACAGGGCAUAGGUACUCGUUGACCGAAAUCAGAAAUAUAUGGACGGAAAUCCAAAACAACGUGACUUGUCCAAAGCCAAAAUAACUUCAUUUAUAAGAAGGAAAAUAAAAGUGAUCGAAGUUUUAGUGAUUUUAUUUCAGUCACUACUUGAACAUAUUGAUUCAAGCUGCAUUUCGUUCUUUUGAUAACUUUUUAACAAUAGUUCCUAUAUCUACUAGUAGUCUACCAAACCAGAACCAGGAUAUUUACGAAGGGGGUGGGGUGUAACCUCAGAUGAAAUCCGACAGCAACUAGAUUGUUAGGGGUGUGAACCCUAUCUGGAUCCACGAUUGGUCUAUAAGUAGUGAUAAGAAAAUGACGUAGGUUUACAUUUUAUAAACCCCUGUUGGCGAAACAGAAGGAGACUACCAGUUUCUCCGUCCACCAAUCUAGCCGUCUAUCGCAACUUAGUUUUCUGGUCUUUAUCGCCAUGUUUUAAUUCUUAUAUGUUUGAAGUAUGUUUACAGAUCAUAAUUCAUGGAUUUCACAGUGAAUAUAGAUUUUUACGAGAUUUAUAGGACUUUGUGAAUGCAGUAUAUGUUUUAACUGAGACGUGUUCCACAUUGACACGUUUCCUGAAGAUUUGAAAAAUAUUAACAAAUUACAUUUUUAUUUUCAAAUAAAAUUAGAACGUCUA